UCACAUUGCCAGAGAACAGCGAGUUUUGUUACCGCUGAUUCCAUUGAGCUGAUUCCCCCUUCACUACAUUGCUAGGCUACAUUAUAACCUCGAAUGGAUACAUCUGACGGGCAUUACAGGCUACAUUGUAACCUCGAAUGGAUACAUCUGACGGGCAUUGCAGGAGGGACAAAUAACGGUAUUUCUAUUGAAGGGAGUAUUGGCAGAUUAUGAAAUCUGACCAUUGCAUACAAUAUAUGUAUUUAUGGAAUUUCCAUUUGUUUGCAAUGAAGACAUCUCAGAUGGAGAAGAUAAACGGACACAGGAAAGAAGCGGUAUAAUAUGCACUCUUGCAAGCAUCUCUUAAAUAACAUAAUUUCGGCGAAAAUGGUCGCAGAACUUUUGAGUUUUCCUUUAACUCAUCUUUCAAAUAUAUUUUCCUGACACCAUAAACUACCCUGUUGCGAUACUGAGCUAUGGUAAUGGGUGAAACAGUGGGCGUUCAUAGCCAGGGCCAUGGUCGAUCGUUAUAAGGCAAUGAAAGGAAACGGCUUUGCAUAAAUCCUACACCAGGACUGCUGCGUGAAGAUGAGAGGCUUGCCCUUCUACCAAGAGGACAAUGACAAUACAUCCACUGGGCAUGACCAAAACAUUGAUAUGGGACCUUGAAAUCCAUGCCUGAAUCUCUUUUGUCCUAUCUGCCCUUGGAGGGGGCGAGAUAGAGGAGACUUUCCUCUUUGACUCAAUAUAAAGGAGAAGAGAGCAUCCACGUCUGAGAAAUGGAUAAACUCUCCGUCAUAUCAGGAUGUCUCUUUCUAGCAGCUGAUAUCUUUGCUAUCGCCAGUAUUGCCAAUCCGGACUGGAUCAACACAGGAGAUGCAGCUGGUAAGUUAGGUUCCCUGACGGUAGGCCUGGUGCGGCAGUGCCAGACCAUCCACGGUCGUGACCGGACCUGUAUCCCCCCGCGGCUGCCCCCAGAGUGGGUCACCACCCUCUUCUUCAUCAUCCUGGGCAUCAUCUCCCUCACGGUGACCUGCGGCCUGCUAGUGUUAUCACACUGGUACCGUGAAGCCACUCGUUACGCCCGCUGGAUUGCCUUCACUGGGAUGAUCCUGUUUUGUAUGGCGGCUCUUAUAUUUCCUAUAGGAUUUUACAUCGAUGAGGUUGGGGGACAGCCUUAUAAACUACCCAACAACACAGUGGUGGGGUCCUCAUAUGUACUCUUUGUCCUAUCUAUAUUUUUCACUAUAGUGGGACUACUGUUUGCAGGAAAGGUCUGCUUGCCUGGGUGACAUAUUGGACACUUAAGUGUCCCGCUUGCGUCGCCUCAUUAGCUAGCUUUUGAGGUGGCGCCAUCGGCUAAGACGCUUAAGGAGGGCGGCUACGUGUAAGGCAGAGGUCCUGAGUUCACGCCAGGUAUGGGCCAAAUCGUGAGGAAGUGGUACUGGCUAAGCAAGCAGCGUGACAGCAUGACGUUUGAAAAUGGAUGCCUGGAAGGGAAAAAUAGGAACUGUGAGAAACACACUUUCUCUGUGUUUGUGGAACUCUCUGAUUUACCUUUGGAUGACAGGUCUCUACAGCCCCUAGCCCUGGUCCCAUAGGACAGGUAGUAGGCACUAGCCUGUCUGUGGUCAUAGAUAUGGGAGGAAUGGACACCUAUCCAGUCCCUUCACAGAUCAGUGAACACAGAAGUUUUGUUCCACGAAUAGAGUGCCUUUUUGGGUAGUGUAACUUUUUAUUUCACCUAAUUUUAACAUUUUGUCAUAAAAAGCACGUUUUAACGUCAUAAGAAACAUGUUUCUCCAACUCCUUUUGAAAAAAAUAAUUUAAAAAGGAAUCAUUUCACCAUAUUUAAACGAGAGUUCAGUUGACGUAACAGGGUUGACCUUAAACCUGAAGGACAUGAAUCACUAAUCAAAUGAAAUAAAUAAUACAUAUUCAGAAA